AUGGAUGAACAAAUUGAAUCGUUAUUAGAAUUUUUACAUGAUAAUAAUUCAAAUGUCCGUAAAAUAGCACUUGAACAUUUAUUAGGAUAUACAAUUGAUACUUCACCAUAUAAAUCUAUAUUUAAACGUAACAAUUUUAAACCUAUAGAGGAUUUAAAAAAACUUUGUAAUGAUGAUAUACCAAAUAUUGCACAUGAUGCAUUUAAAGCUUUAGUGAACCUUUCAAGCGAUCAAGAAAUUUAUAAAAGAUUAAAUGAUGAUGAUUUUUUAUUAAUACUGGUAACAACAAUCAUGGAUUCUGAGGCAAUAUUUUCAGAUUUAGCAUGCAUGCUAUUAUCAAAUCUAACAAAAGAUGAAAAAAUUAUUUUACCUCAAGGCCCACCAAUCUCAAAAUUAAUUAUAUUCACUGAACAUCCUAAUUUGGUUAGAAGAGGUGUACAUCAUCAUCCAAAGAUGUUAUCAAAAUCAAAUAUAAACAUUCUACCAUAUAUACUAUUACCAUUAUGUGGACCGGAAGAAUUUGAUUUGGAAAAACGUGAACCAGAUACAAAUCUUAGAAAAAUAUUACUUGAAAGUUUAUUAUUAUUAACUAGUACACAAGAAGUUCGUGAAAUAUUACGUGAGAAAAAAGUUUAUAUAAUUAUUAGACAAUUGCAUCUUGCUAUUGUAAAAAAAAUGCCAUCUAAUGAAAAUGAAAACAAUGUUGAAGAAGAAGUAAUUAUUGAAAAAAUUAAGAAAUCUAGUAGUCUUGCAUAUUUCUUGGAUAUUUAUUUUCUUUAA